AAAACCUCUUCAUCCUGCAAGCUGAGACCAGAACACUCACACGAUGACUGGGGAUCAGCGCUUUGUAUUCAGUGCCCGCAUCAUCGGAGCCGUCCACAGGGACACACCAAAACUCAAGAUGUUCAUGAUAUCUGUGCUGUGGUCUGAUGAGGCUGAGGUGAUAAUCUACAGAUCUUUCCAGGAUUUCAAGACAUUUCAUAGGCAGCUGAAAAAGAGAUUCCCUCACAUGAACCCUUUUCGGAAAAACGACAGAGUGAUCCCCAAAUUUCGAGCAAAGGCCAGGAGGAGCAGCCUGCAGCAGAAAGGUUCCAGGCGAUCUAUCCAGCGCAUGACGUUUUUGGAGAGUUACUGUGACAAACUGCUCAAGUGUGACCAAACUGUGACUCAGAGCUCAGAGGUCAUCCAGUUCUUCAUGCCCAAAGACCAUGACCUGCAGCCUGAAUUCACCAAGAGCAGUGUCAUGAUCCUGCUGUCUGAUGAUCUGCCUGACGGAUCCGGUAGUGGAGGAGGUGAUGCCACUCGCCAGCAUGCAGACAGUAUCACCCACCCGCUAGUCACCCAAACGUACCGCUGUGUGGCCGCCUACGAGACAAAGGACACCAAGAAUAAACCAUUCAAGGUCGCUGUGGAUGAGAAGCUGGAUGUACUGAUCAGAGACCCUGCAGGCUGGUGGCUGGUGGAAAACGAGGAGAAGCGCCUGGCUUGGUUUCCUGCUCCCUAUCUGGACCUUUGGGAAGCGGAGGAUGAUGAUGAUGUUGACAAUGCCAGAUUCCAGCUGGGAGGUUCCCUGUAUUGUGCGGUGAAGAAUUACUCCACUAAGAAGGAUGAUGAGGUGUCUGUGCCCAUUGGCUCUGUGGUGGAGGUGCUGAGGAAGUCUGACAAUGGCUGGUGGCUCAUCAGAUUCAAUGGCAAGGCAGGUUACAUCCCCUCCAUGUACCUGAAGCCAUACAACAACCCACGUAGAGGCCUUUUCAACCUGCAGAGAAAGCUGCACAGCUCCACUCUAAGCCUGGCAACCAGCAGUGAGCCUCAGGCCUCUUAUUCACCCAGCACCGACCCAGAAUGGGUUUCUGCACGUCAGUACAGAGGUGAGACCCCUGCACAUGGGCGGUUCCACAAGGCCCAAUCUCUGGAUGUCCUCUCUGAGACCUUGUCACAGUCACAGACAGAGAGGGACGCCUUGACCUCAGACGGGCGCAUGCGCAACAUGAGCAACGCCAGCACCGACUCCAGCCUCUCCGACUUCUCCUCGAGCAGCGGAUCCAGCCUCUCGGACAGCUCCACUAGCCACAUUGCAGCCUCACAGCAGCCUAACAGAGAGGACAGUGGGCACAGUAGCCCUGAGCUCAGCCUGUCAGAUGGCCGCAGCUUCAGCAUUAGCUCUGAGGGCUCUGGAUCGAUUGGUUCCAACGACAGCGAGGGAGGUCCGAGGGUCCCGCCCAGACCCAAGACUGAAGAGAUCCUAACCCGCUGCACCACCAUGACCCGCAAAGCAGCCCUGGCCUCCCAGAACCAGCUCAGAAUUCAGCCACAGGCCAAUCAAAGCUGCUGUCGCUGACAGUUUACAAAACAAAUACUGAUAUAUCUAUCUAUCUCCUGUUUAUUGAAACAUUUUUGAUUUUAAAAUGUAUUAAUGUAAAAUACUUUCCCUUUUCAGCCCCACACACCUCUCCAUGGGUCUGUCAGUCAGAUGUGCAGCACUGUUUGCACCUAUAUUUUAGAUCCCUGUUAUUUUAUCUAAAAACAGAAUGAUCAAAUAGAGCAUGUUGGGAAUAUUUAACUUAAGCAUUUGAAUAAUGUAGCUUCAGUGAAGCACUGUAAGGAACAAGUAAAAAAAUGUAUUUGACAUUGUUAAACAGUAGUUGAAAAAUAUUUUUUCUAUCUUUAAAAAAAAGAUCAAUCAAUGUGAUGGAGUUGAAGAGAUUACAUAUUUACACAUUAUAUUGUUUCCUUUUUUUGUCUUUAUCAACAAUAAAAAAUAAACUAUAUCAUAC